AUGAAGUUGGCCCUUCCGUUCCUGUUCAUACUAAGCGUUGCACUGCUCGAUAAUGCAAUUAAGUGUGACGAGGAGGUGACCAUUCCUGACCCCCCCCAAUCGCCAGAUGAAAACCCCGGGGGCAAGGAUGACCCGCCGGGUGACUCGGACCCCCUCCCUGGCGAAGGCGCGGGCGCAGUGGAGCCAGCAGGGGGCGAAACGGACUCUGGAGUUGAGGAGGGGCCGGCGGAGCAAGCGGUAGACCAGCCGCUCACCCAGUCGACAGAUCAGCCAGCAGAUCAGCCAGCAGAGCAGCCAGCAGAUCAGGCGCUCACCCAACCAACAGACCAGCCAGCAAACCAGCCAGUAGACCAACCAACAGACCAACCAAUAGACCAACCAACAGACCAGCCAGUAGACCAGACAACAGACCAAACAACAGAACAGCCAGCAGGUGAGCCGCUCACCCAGUCAACAGAUGAGCCAGUAGAUCAGCCGCUCACCCAGUCGACAGAUCAGCCAGCAGGUGAGCCGCUCACCCAGUCAACAGAUCAGCCAGCAGGUGAGCCGCUCACCCAGUCAACAGAUCAGCCAGCAGAUCAGCCAGCAGAUCAGUCAGCAGACCAGCCAGUAGACCAGACAACAGACCAAGUAACAGAACAGCCAACAGACCAACCAACAGAACAGCCAACAGACCAAACAACAGAUCAGCCAACAGAACAGCCAACAGACGAACCGCUUACCCAACCAACAGACGAACCGCUCCCCCAGCCGAUCGUGGAGGCAUCCGACAGAGCCGCAGCAGCUGCGGUGAAAAACCCGAACGAAAUAGAAGCCAAAUGCGCGCAGCUGAAGGACCAAGACGGGGUGAAAAUCACGGGGCCAUGCGGGGCGAAGUUUCAAGUCUUCCUGAUCCCACAUGUAACCAUAAAUGUAGAAACAGAGACGAAUGCAAUUCAUUUAGGAAAGAAACUUGACGAUGUGGUAAUCACGAAGAAGAUGCACAAGGGGGUUGGCGGCAAGUCACCCCCGUUGCUGCAGUUUGAGGAGGAUGCGGAUUCCCUCCUCAACCAGUGCACGGAGGGGAAAACAUUUAAAUUUGUGGUGGUGGUCAAGGGGGAGGAGCUGAUCCUCAAGUGGAAGGUCUACGAGAAGGUGCCCUCACCAUCGGACAACAACAAGGUCGACGUGAGGACGUUCCUCCUGAAGAACACAGACCGACCGAUCACCGCCAUACAGGUGCACACGGCAAAAGGAAACGAAGACUCCUUCCUCUUGGAAAGCAAAGAGUACAUUUUAGCGGAUGACAUGCCAGCUCAGUGUGACUUAAUAGCUGCCAACUGUUUCCUCAGUGGCAGUUUGGACAUCGAAGGAUGCUACAAGUGCGCCUUGCUGUCCGAAAACGCGGAGUUGAGCAGCCCCUGUUUUGAUUACCUCUCUCCUGAUGUUAAGAAUGAUUAUGAGGAGAUAAAGAGGAAGGCGCAGCAGCAGGGGGAUUUGAAGGAGGUCCAGUUGGCAGCCUCUAUUGGGAAGAUCCUCCAAGGGGUCUUCAAAAAAGGAGAAGCGGGUCUCAACGAGUUGGUCACUUUCGACCAAGCAGAUGCAGCUUUGAAAGAGGAGCUGCUUAACUAUUGCGCCUUGAUGAAGGAGGUGGACGCCAGUGGGGUGUUGGACCAAUACCAAUUGGGCAGUGAAGAGGAUAUCUUUGCCAACCUAACGAGCAUUUUGAAGAACCACGCAGGGGAAACGAAGUCUACGUUACAGAACAAGCUGAAGAAUCCCGCCAUCUGCUUAAAAAAUGCGAACGAGUGGAUGGAAAGCAAAAAAGGGCUUCUACUCCCCAGUUUGUCCUAUACCAAUGUGGAGGCCACCCUCCCAGAGAAUGCCCCAGAAAAGGAAGACCCACCCAAGGGAAGCCAGAAAAUACAAACGAACGGUUACGAUGGCAUUAUCAAUUUUGACUCAAACGAAGAGACGAACAUGCAGUCCACCAGCUUCAUUGACAAUAUGUAUUGCAACGAUGAGUACUGUGAUAGGUGGAAGGACUCGAGCAGCUGCGUGGCGAAGAUUGAGGUGGAGGACCAGGGCGCCUGCUCUAAUUCGUGGUUGUUCGCCUCGAAGGUGCACCUCGAAUCGAUGAAGUGCAUGAAUGGGCACGAUCACAUGGCUACUUCCGCUCUCUACGUGGCUAACUGUUCCGGUAAAGAAGAGAAGGACAAGUGUCACGUGGCGUCAAACCCGCUGGAAUUUUUGGACAUCCUGGAGGAGACCCAAUUCUUGCCAGCCGAGUCGGACCUACCAUACUCCUACAAAGCGGUGAAUAAUGUGUGCCCCCAACCGAAGAGCCACUGGCAAAACAUUUGGGCCGAUGUGAAGCUCCUAGACAAGCAGGAUGAUCCGAACGCUGUUAGCGCGAAGGGGUAUGCUGCCUACCAGAGCGACCACUUCAAGGGCAACAUGGACGCGUUUAUUAAGUUAGUCAAAUCAGAAGUGAUGAAAAAAGGGUCCGUCAUCGCGUAUGUGAAGGCAGACGAUCAGAUGAGCUACGACCUCAACGGGAAGAAGGUCCUCUCUUUGUGUGGAAGCGAAGAGCCCAACCUCGCCGUCAACAUAGUGGGCUAUGGCAACUACAUCAGCGCGGAGGGGGUGAAGAAGCCCUACUGGCUACUCCGCAACAGCUGGGGCAAGCACUGGGGAGAUGACGGCACCUUCAAAGUGGACAUGCAUGGUCCGCCAGGAUGCCAGCACAACUUCAUCCACACCGCCGCCGUCUUCAACCUGCACAUCCCCCCGAUGGAAAACGUCGAGAAGAAGAAGCCACUGUUGUAUAAUUACUAUAUGAAGAGCUCUCCCGAUUUUUACAAUCACAUAUUUUAUAGAGGGGUCCAAACGGGGGAGGAGAGCGAAAUGGGGAUAAGUGGACAAGAGAAGGUGAGCAUUUCUGCUGUUUCUGCAAAUACCUCUGCAGCAGAUACGUUGGACGGGGUGGAUCACUCCUCCGUGGUGGUAGAGGGAAAGGAAAAAAACCCUGCAGGAGAGGGAGAAUCUGCACAGGGAGUUGAAUCCCCACCAGAGGCAGAAGAACAGGACGAAGAGGAGGGAGACGCGGAAUCGGAGGAGGAGGGGGAGGAUGAACCGGAGGAGGAAGGAGAUGGUGAACAGGAGGAGGAGGGGGAUGAUGAGUCGGAAGAAGUAGACGAAGAAGCAGAGGAGGCAGGCGCUGAGGCAGAAGAAGGGGAAGAGGAAUCAGAAGAGGGAGGAGUGGAAGCAGAAGAGGGAGACUCAGAAGCAGCGAAUAACGACGUGGACGCAGCGGAACCAAGCCAGGUAGCCGCGCCAGGUGCUUCCCCAGGAGGGGAGAAGCCACAAACAGUAGCGCCGCCCAGCGCUUCUAACCCGGCAACGCCCCCCUCUGCAGCACCUGCUCCAACGCGCAACGCCUCGCUCAUUAAAGUUAAACAGAUAACCGAAGUGAUUCAUAUUAUGAAACACAUAAAAAGUGGAAAGCUGAGGUUCGGCAUAGCAACCUACGAAGACGACUUGGGAAUUGCAAACAACCACGACUGUUUGAGGUCUUAUUCGCAGGACCCAGAGAAGCUACCCGAGUGCAUACAGUUCUGUUAUGACGAGUGGAACAACUGCAAAGGGGCGCCCUCCCCAGGGUACUGUCUCAAUCAACGGAGAAGAAAAAACGACUGCUACUUCUGUUUCGUGUAA